UUCAGUGAACGUAUUAACCUAUUUCUAUGCUCUAUAUAAACCCUGAAAAUUGCAGAAAUAGAGAAACCAGAGAAUCAUUCCAAGGUUUAAAGCAAGCAAAAUUACAAAGAAAAAAAAAUGAUGAAGCAAUUCUCAUUGGUUUUCUCUGUUCUGUUAGCUUGCUACAAUCGGGUUAAUUCUCAGGAAUUGAAGCAUAUUACGAAUGAGGAUGAAGUGAAUGCGCCUGCAAGUGAAGCUUGGGAACUUUAUAGGAACCUUGGGAUCUCAGAGCUUGUUGCACAAGAGCUUAAAAAUGUUAUCCAAAGACUUGACGUUUUGGAGGGUGAUGGAGGGGUCGGAACUGUAAUCAAAGUCACUUUCGUUCCAGCAGGGAAUUCAAGUUAUACAGAGAAAUUCACUGUGAUUGAUGACCAAAGGAGGGUGAAAGAGACACAAGGCUUGGAAGGCGAUUGUCUAGCUAUUGGUUGCUCAGUUCAAAUCGUUGAAUUUGAAAUAAUAGAGAAAUCCCAGAACUCAAGCAUCAUAAAAUCUACCAUUUCAUAUGCUGUCAAGGAAGAAUUUCAAGCCAAGGAUCCAAAGCCUAGCAUCGAACUCGUAGAAGCUAUUGUACAAAUUUCCAAGAAGUUCCUUGAGAGAAACAAUUAAUGAUGGUUAAAUAAUAAGUGUUAGCAAGAAGCUAGACCCUACAUAAAUUGCUUUUUUUGGGCAGAAAUUCUGCAGAAGGAAAAAAAUUUUAAAAAUAAUAAUUAUUGUAGUAUUUUAUUUUGUAUCUAGCUUAUUUAAAAGGUUAUAUAUUUUAAUAUGGCAUACAAAUAAAUUAUGAAUCAUAUUUGAAUAAAUAUGAAUUAUGAAUUAUUAAUAAUAUAAUAAUAUGGAGUGGGAUUUACUUAGACACAAAAA